CUGCACGCUGGGCUGCUCUCUCUCUCGGACAGGAGAGACGAGUCUGGCCCAGCUUUGCUUGCAGAAGCUGGAAUAAUAGCCUGAGAGUUAGAAACAGAAAUGCUCAUAAACAAACAAACCACCAGGAGAACCUCAGGAGCCCUGGGUUUGGGACUUUUAGAGGAGCUAUAGAGGAGGAUUUACAGGACUCUGUCUGUGUGGGAUCAGGACAGUGGUCAGGACGCAUCAUGCUGCAGAAUCAUCCCUGGCUUUCGCUGGCGUCUCCGUCACUUUUCUGCAUCUGAAGAUGGACACAUUGGAGUCGGAGCUGACCUGCCCGAUUUGUCUGGAGCUGUUUGAUGACCCUCUGCUGCUGCCCUGCGCCCACAGCCUGUGCUUUAACUGUGCCCAGCGCAUCCUGAUCACCCAGUGCGCCUCAACCCCAGAAUCUUCGCAUCCUCCAUCAGCCUUCCAGUGCCCGACCUGCCGCUAUGUCAUCACCCUCAACCAGCGAGGCCUAGAGGGGCUCAAGCGUAACGUCACCCUGCAGAACAUCAUCGAACGCUUCCAGGAAGCCUCUCUGAGCGGACCCAACUCGCCGAGCGAAACUCGACGCUGUAACCGAGAGCGCGAUCGUGAGAGUUCACCGUUCGGUUUAACCGACGCUCCAGCCAUGAGUGCUAAAGAGUCAGUGCAGUGCCAGUUCUGCGAUCAGGACCCUCCUCAGGACGCGGUAAAAACCUGUAUCACCUGUGAGGUGUCGUACUGCGAGGAGUGCCUGAGGGCCACGCACCCAAACAAGAAGCCCUUUACCGGCCACCGGCUGACCGAGCCGCUGCCGGACUCUCGACUCCGGGGUCUGGCCUGUUCUGAACAUGCAGACGAGAAGGUUAACAUGUACUGCAUAACCGACGAGGUCCUGAUCUGCUCUCUGUGUAAGCUGGUGGGACGACACAGAGACCAUCAGGUGGCGGCACUUGGAGAGAGAUACGAAAAACUUAAGCAAGGACUGGAAUCCAGUCUGAGCAGCCUGGUCAAGCGCAAUAAUGAGCUGGAGGGUCUGAUGGGGAAGCUGAUCCAGACCUGUCAGCAUGUCGAGAUGAACGCAUCCCGACAGGAGAACAAGCUGAUAGAGGAGUGCGACCUUCUGAUCGACAUCAUCCAGCAGCGGAGACAAAUCAUCGGAACCAAGAUAAAAGAGGGAAAGGUGGUCCGGCUGCGUAAGCUGGCGCAGCAGAUAUCCAGCUGUAAGCAGUGCAUCGAGAGGUCGUCCUCCCUCAUCACCCAGGCUGAUCAGGUGCUUAAAGAGACGGAUCACGCUCGCUUCCUGCAGACCGCACGCAACAUCGCAGAGAGAGUUUCAAUGGCAACAACUUCCUCACAGAUCCUGAUCCCAGAGGUCAAACUGAACGACACGUUUGACACCUUUGCACUGGACUUCAGCAGAGAGAAGAAGAUCCUGGAGGGUCUGGAUUAUCUAACCGCCCCGAAUCCGCCGGUGAUCCGUGAAGAGUUGUGCACAGCGUCCUACGACACUAUCACAGUGCACUGGACAGCGGAGGAUGAGUUCAGUGUUGUCUCCUACGAACUGCAGUACACAAUCUUCACCGGACAGACCAACGUCGUCAGUUUGUGUAACUCGGCUGAUAGCUGGAUGCUGGUGCCCAACAUCAAGCAGAAUCACUACACGGUUCACGGCCUGCAGAGCGGCACCAAGUAUAUCUUCGUUGUGAAGGCCAUGAACCACGCCGGCAGCCGCAGCAGUGAACCCGGCAAACUGAAGACCAACAGUCAGCCGUUUAAGCUGGACUCUAAAUCCGCUCACAAGAAGCUGAAGGUUUCUCAUGAUAACCUGACGGUGGAGAGAGACGAGACAUCUUCUAAGAAGAGCUCUCAGGACCGGUUCGGAAGCACUGGGAGUUACGGGGUCACUGGGAACGUCUACAUCGACAGCGGACGCCACUACUGGGAGACUCUGAUUGGAGGAAGCACAUGGUUCGCCAUCGGCAUCGCCUAUAAAUCUGCACCGAAGCACGAGUGGGUGGGGAAGAACUCUGCCUCGUGGGUUCUGUCCCGCUGCAAUAACUCCUGGGUGGUUCGGCACAGCGGUAAAGAGCUGGCGGUGGAUCCUUCGCCCCACAUGCGGCGCAUCGGCGUCCUGCUGGACUACGAUCUGGGAUCGCUGGCGUUUUACGACGCUGCAGGAACGCAGCACCUGCACACCUUCGACAUCGCCUUCUCCCAGCCCGUCUGCCCCGUCUUUAACGUCUGGAACAAGUGUCUGACCAUCCUGACCGGCCUGCCCAUACCCGACCACCUGGAGAUUAAUGACCCGCGGGCAUAGGGGGCACUGUCUGAUCUGUGAUUUUAUCAGAUUUAUCAGCAUUUAUAACACUUUUAAACCAGAAUGAACAAAAUCCUGCCACUUUUGGAAACUGAAUCACAGCUU